GCCGUUACUAAAUUACUUCCUGCAAGGCACUGGUGGCGGCUGGCGUAAGCCACAUCAACCGAUCCCAUUCCAACAUGCCAUGCCACUCUAGGUCGAUGAGCAACAGAGACAGAUUACUACCAUUCGCUUCUCCCGUCCCGACGAGUCAUGAUGAUGGGCCCUCUCCUAUAAGCUGUCCUCGACUUCUCAGGGCUACCAGUGCUACCAUGAUAGCACGCUCGUAUAAGCGUCUAGCCGGGCAUAGAGUUGCCGGUAUGAGCUCCGCGAUUCCCCAGGGGAUACAUAUACUACCCUAUAGGUAUGUAGGCCCGUAGGGUAGGCAACCGAUCUGACCUGCAUCCUCUCGUCGCAAGACGGUUGUUGUCCACCAUGCUGCUUGACCGCCGCACCAUAGCCGGUCUGGCUGGCGGUCUCUUGGCCGCCGCUAGAGCCAACGCUGCUUGCACGUCCAACCUUGUGAUCGACAACUUCACCAAGUGGACAUCUGGCGUCAACAACCUGGAUUGGCAAAAUGGGGAUGACGGGACCAUGACCGCCAUUGCCGCCUCGGCGGGCCAAGUUGUCUUCAUCCCCAAGGACGACGGCUCUUACUUUUACGAGUCGUUCGAGUGUCAGCAAGCCGUUACCAACGGCUACGGGGCCAUUCAGUUCACGGUUCAGGGUCCCGCUGGCGGUUCCUUCGCUCUCGACCUGCAGAGCACGGGGAGCUGCAGCGACAGCAGCGGAAGCUACAAUAGCUCGUACAACAUCGUAAAUAACCUGACCGGCCAACUACAGACUAUUACUCUACCGCUGGAGGGCUUCGACAACGAGCCGAAUUACGAUGCCAUCGUCGGCCUGGUUUGGGAAUCCUUUUCCCAGACCGGAGUGCAAUGGUCGGUCGGCAAUAUCACCCUCAUCUGUGGGACCGUGUCCCCCCCUUCGCAAACAAGCGUUGUCACGACGAGGUCUACCAUCCCACCCACAACAACGCCGACGAGAUCUACCACCAUUCGACGAACCACCUCAACCAGAACUACGGCUCCUCCGGUCACGACAUCGCGGCCCGCAACAUGCUCGAAUCUGUUGAUCGACGACUGGGAGUCUCAGUCGCGCCUGACCUUCCUCGGCUACAACGCGAUGAACCAGCCGUCGAGCGAUGACGGGACGAUGGCGUCCAUCAUCGUCAGCGACCACAGGCUGAUGCUCCGGCCGAGGGACACGGACUCGUAUUUCUACAGCCAGUUCGGCUGUCUCAAUGCCAAGGACCAGUACGGCGGCAUCUCGAUGCGCAUCCGGGCGGCACGGGGCACGAGCUUCGCGGUCACCAUGGCGUACCGCACGAGUUGCGGCGCCACGAACGUCAAAUCCAUCACGCUGACGACGGCGCAGCUCAAGUGGAAUUUCGACGGCAGCGAGAGACUCUACUGGUUCCCCUUCUCCGCGUUCACCGGCCUCGACGCGACCAAGCUGAACAUGAUCUACUUCUCCGACUUCACUGCCGCCGCCGUGUUUGGGCCGAUGUCCUUCUACUGCGGCUCGACCGCGUCCGACUACGUCAUCCCGCCCUCCCCGACAUCGCCGCCAGUCACGCGCUCCACCACGGUUGCGCCGGCGCCGGACGCCAAGGGGUUUGUGAUUGACGACUUCGCCAACAAGGACACGAACGCGCUGGGGCAGUGGCACGGCGCGGACGAGGACGGCAUGACGAUCAGCUUCGGCAACAGGGCCAUGACCAUCAGCACCAACAGCUCGGACCUGGGCUGGAACACGCAGCUGACCGACACGUGCACCGACCUGCGCAGCUAUGCCGGGGCCUACCUCCACAUCGCCUACUCCGGCAGCAACAAGUUCAGCGUGGCGCUGCAGCAGCACAACGCCAAGUGCGACGCGAGCAUCAAGCCGUACCCGGAGACGUGGGACAGCCUCGAGGCGGCGCGCUACGGCACGGCCAGCGACAUCUACAUGCCGCUCAACCACUUCAACGUCAACCUCACGCGCGUCAUCGGCUUCGCCCUCAAGGGCUUCUACAGCACGUCGCCCACGACCGUGUCCAAGAUCGAGAUCGUCGACGCCCUCCCGGCCGGGUGGAAGCAGCAGGUGCCGCCGAAGCUGGCGUCGGGCCGCCUGGUGUUCGCGUGCACGCGGCCCAACUCGUUCGCCUUCGCCAUCGACGACGGCGACCCGCAGUACGCGAAGCGCGUCAUGGAGAUCAUCAAGCAGGCCGACAUCCCCGUGACCUUCUUCACCGUCGGCCUGCCGCUGCUCGACCCGUCCACCGGCCUGGCCGACAUCUACAAGGAGAUGAAGGCGCGCGGCCACCAGAUCGCCCUGCACUCGUACACCCACCCGCCCAUGGAAGGCCUGCCCGACACGGCGUCCAUCGACUGGGAGUACAACAACGACAUCGGCGCCGUGCGCCAGGUCUUCGGCGGCGGCGGCGGCGACUCGGACGUGCGGCUCAACUACUUCCGCCCGCCCUUCGGCACCGAGGGCGCGCGCAUGCGGCAGCGGCUCGCCGCCAACCUGAACGAUCCCAGCCCUUACAUCGUGCAGUGGAGCGUCGACGUCGAGGACUGGCUGUGGGCCGAGUCGGACACGCCGCAGAAGCAGCUCGACGCCUUCAAGCGUGACGUGGCCGCCGGCGGCAACAUCGUCGUCAUGCACUACCUGUACAACUCGACCGUCGAGCUGCUGCCCGAGUUCAUCCGCGUGGCCAAGGCGACCGGGAAGCGGCUGAUGCGCGUGGACCAGUGCUUGGAGGAUCCGAGGGCGCCGCCUUUGACGUGA